UAAAGUGCAUUUCCCUAACAGGAACAGAAAUGACAUCUGAAAAUAAACCGACAGUGGACUCUGACUCCGUCAGCCUCGUUUGGGUCCAUCUCAUUAAGGAUUUUCGUGUUUCACUUUUAUCUGCAACUGCCAUAAAAAGCUGCACAUCUGACUCCUGUUGCAGAGAAGAACCAAGAUUUCCUUUAUUUGGCCAUGCAAAGAAGGCAGCAGGGUCAAAGUUUUCAGCUGGUGUUUCUGUUCAGCAGUGAACCAGGGGUGAUAGAGGGACUUAUAUGCAGAGCAGGAGGUAGGUGGCAGGAGAUUUUAUUUGGACUCAAAAUGCUUUUAUAUCCCUAGGUAGAGAGGUCCAGUUACAUGUCUUAUUUGAGUACCUCUAAGGAGGUUAAGUAUCGUUAUGAUUGCGAUUUCUUGAGAGCAAAGGUAUCCUACAGUCUGAGUGUUGGCUCACAGACCGAUUUCUUCAGCUGUUAUCGUGCUGGGCCAUGCCAGAAACCAGCCUGCAAAACAAAUAGAGCUUUAAAGGCUUGCUAUCAGGCGUGACAAAUUGGGGGUGUGGAUGAUGCUAAAUGGAGGAGACUGCAGAGUCCCACAGAAAGGGUGGGGCUCCACUAGAUAAAGCUUGUCGCAGAGGGCCCGCCUGAAAUCUCUGCCGGGCACGGAGAUGAAUUCUUUGUGGCCCUGGAUGUCCGGAGAUGUCUCCCAGGUCUUCCGCCUGGCCGCAGUGUUGUGCCUGACCUUCGUGCUCCUGAAAGUGGCCCAGCUCUUCAGGAAGAAGCAGGAGAUACACCGAGUGUUAAAGAACUUCCCUGGCCCUCCUGACCAUUGGCUGUAUGGGCACGUCAAAAUGCUUCACCCAGAGGAAGAACUAGACAACACUGAAUCCUGGGCACAAAAAUACCCACGCUGUCACCCAUUGUGGUUUGGAGGUUUCUUAGCAUUCUUGAAUAUCAACCAUCCAGAAUAUGCCAAAGCUAUAUACAGCAGAGCAGAUCCUAAGAGUUACGUGCCAUACGUUUUUGCACUUCCAUGGCUUGGAGAAGGAUUGCUGCUUACAAGUGGAGCAAAGUGGUUCCGGCAACGGAAGCUGCUGACCCCAGGCUUUCACUAUGAUGUCUUGAAGCCUUAUGUGAACCUGAUGGCAGACUCUGUCCGACAGAUGCUGGACAAAUGGGAACAGAUGGCCACACCGGGGAAGUCAGUGGAGAUCUUCCAGUCCGUCAGCUUGAUGACUCUGGACACCAUCAUGAAAUGCGCCUUCAGUCAUCAGGGCAACUGCCAGAUAGACAGUGGCAGUGCAUAUAUCCGAGCAAUCUUCGAUCUCAGCGAUAUGAUAUACCUGAGGAUGCGGACACCCUUACACCAGAACAGUCUCAUUUAUUGGUUUACUUCUCGAGGCCGUCGCUUCCGCCAGGCCUGCAAAAUAGCGCAUGACCAUACAGAUAAGGUGAUUGAAGAACGAAAGAAGGCCCUCAAAGACGGGCUAGUGCUUGAGGAGAUCCAGAAGAAGAGACAUCUGGACUUCCUAGAUAUUCUUCUCUGUGCCAAGGAUGAAAAUGGAAAUGGAUUAUCCAAUGAGGAGCUACGUGCUCAGGUGGACACAUUCAUGUUUGAAGGUCAUGACACCACAGCCAGCGGGAUCUCCUGGCUCCUUUACUGCAUGGCUAUCCACCCUGAACACCAACAGAGAUGCAGGGAAGAGAUCCAAGCGAUCCUGGGAGACCGAGAGACUAUCCAAUGGGAGGACCUUGGGAAGAUGACUUAUACCACCAUGUGCAUCAAGGAGAGUCUUCGUAUUUACCCUCCUGUAGUGCUAGUUGCGCGGGAUCUCGGUGCACCUGUCACUUUUGAGGAUGGACAGACCUUACCAAAAGGGUUUCCAGUCAUACUGAGUAUUUAUGGUCUUCACAGAAACCCCACAGUAUGGGACAAUCCAAAGGUCUUUGACCCUUCGAGGUUUUCACCAGAGAACUCAUCUGGUCGCCAUCCCUAUGCUUUCCUGCCUUUUGCAGCUGGGCCCAGGAACUGCAUCGGGCAGCAGUUUGCCAUGAACGAGAUAAAAGUGGCUCUCGCCCUGACCCUGCUCCGCUUUGAGCUUUCAGCUGAUCCGAGCAAGCCCCCCAUCAAACUACCUCUGCUCAUCCUGCGGUCCAAGAAUGGGAUCCACCUGUACCUGAAGAAACUUAGCUGAGACACCAGCAGCCAGGGCAGGGGUGGGAUAUGUUACGGUGCUAAUCCUAAUGUUGGUUGAUAAAAGGUGCCAAAAUUUGAGCUGUGUAGGAACUGGAAUUUCUGGGAAGUAGGGAUUAUAGGAUCAUAGGAAAGUAGAGGUAUAUGGGAGCUCAGAAAGCCAUCUAGUCUAGCUCCCUGCUCAAGUCAGGGUCAUCCCUGACUAAACCAGCCCAGCCAAGUAUCUGCCCAAUCUGCUCUCGGAAAUUUCCAAGGAUGGAGUUUCCACAAUUUCUCUAGGUGACCUGUGCCAACGCUUGACCGCCUUCAGAGUCAGAAAGCUCCUCUUAAUCUUCAACCUAAAUUUCCACACCUGCAGCUUGAGGCCAUUACUCCUAAUCCUCUCCCCUGUGGCCACAGAGAAAAGCCCAUCUCCAUUGCCUCUCGAAUCACCCUUCAGACAUUUGAGGACUAUGAUCAAAUCCCCACUCUGUCUUCCCAUUGUCAGCCUAAAUAACCCUCUACUUCUUUUAGCCUUUCGUCAAAAGUUUUGCUUCCCAGGCCCCUAAUUUUUCUUGUUGCUCUGCACUGGACUCCUGCAAUUUGAAAUUUGUUUUCUGUUCCAAUUUAUAAUGAAGAUUUUUAGAAAAAAAUGCAAUUUUCUGCAAAAUUUCAUUUCAAAACAGCGGCUCCUUUUCUUUUUUAAAGUCAGAGUUGGAGCAAUUUACUUUAAAUGUCCCAUUCCCUUAAGGCUAGAACAAUUGAUCUGAAGAGGUGUUGCAGUAAAUGUCUUCCUUCGGGGUGUGAAAGGAGUGCUGUGCACUUCCGUCUGGGUCGUGUCCACAUUUCUUGCAUGCAAUGAAUAUAAUAGAAAGAUCUGCCUACUGGUAUUACUGGCACUAGAACCAUUUUACUGAGCAUUGGUAAGCCAUCAGUUUGAAUAUUGGAUGCAGUCCUAGACACCAGUGUUCAAAAAAGGUUAGCUUAAACUGAAAAAGGUACAAAGAAAGGCCACUAAGAUGGUUAAAGGAAUCAGUCUGUUUUGUUAAAUGAGACAGGCCAAGCUCUAUCUUCUUCCCUAAGAAAAGAUUUUGAUUCCUUUAACCUUUGGCACAAAGAAGGAAGACACCUCCUGCAACACCACUUCUCCUUCCAUAUUCACCCCAUGAGUACACCUGGAAAGGAUGAUCAUAAUGAAACAAGCCAAGCACUCUUGACCUUCUUUUCUAAGAAAAGAUCUUGAUUAUGCUUUACUACAUGAAAAACAACAUGGACACAAGAUCAAAAGGCUAGAAACUGAGUACAGAUCAUUUUAGGUUGGAAAUGAGAAGAUGACCUAGGGGAAGGGUUGGUGUGAUAGGACAGGGGGUUCAACAAUUCAUGUGUUGAGUCAUAAGUUGGCAGUCCCCAGGCUGGGGCAUAAAGGUAGUGUGGAGCAUGUCUGGUAACCCAGUGCUUCAGGGCUUUUGCUCACUCACACUUGGUCUGUAACAGGAAGAAAUUAUUGCCCUCCACCCCACGUCGUUGCAACUGGCUUUUGAAAGGCGGGGUGAGAGGGUAAAGCACUGGGACGUUGACCUCAGCUAAGGCUGGAAGUUUCUGACUGGGUUGCAUUGCAGCUUCUUCCAGGCCUUGGAAAACCCAGUGGUUUCUGGCUCGAGGGUCUUGCCUGUCUGCUCAGGGUCACAUUAAUUAUGCUAAAUAUGUGGUCAAGAGGGAUUUUUUUACCUGUGUCAGGCUGGUGCAUACUAGUUGCCUUUCCCUGAAGUAUGGGCAUGGUCUUCUUAGGAUCCUCUGUACACAUAGUACACAACUUUUUCCCUAUUAGUGCAGUGGCAGGGUAUUAAGUAUAAAUAUUAAGUAGGCCUCUUUCCCCCAAUUUCUUCCUAUGACAUGUUAUGGGAGUGGGGGUUGGGUAUCAUACUUGAGAGUGGCGUGUGAGAGCUUGAACCUGGGCUAUACUAGAUGCUCGAGAAGGCUUCUUCCAAAUCGAUGCUUUUCUAUGAUGAACAACACCAGGACACAAAUACAAUCAAAUACUGCACCUUUUGCUUGAUCGCCAUUCUUUAAUCCUUCCCUACCUUUCACAUCCACUGGGCAAUACAAAGAGGCUCCUGUAAGGUUUACCUGUUGUCCUGGCAUGCUCUGACUCAAUUAACGAGAACCCAAAGACCUGUUCACAUCCAAGAGUUAUACUGGCAUGACCGUGUUGAUUAGGGGUCUGCUAUUUUUUAAUGACCCAGUUUACUAGUAACACUUCCAGGGUGGACUCAGGUUUAUGAGCAUAAAGGUGCUGUCUCCUAGUGUAGAUUUUGCUCCCUCCACACCGCAAAAGAUACUGCAGCACAUGCUACCUGCCUAUCAAUCGAACUGUGUGCAGACUAGGAGGGGUGAUACCACCUUAUCAGCCCACUCUGGGCAGAGUAAAGAAACGUCCUAAUGGAGACAAGCCCCAAGCCACUGUGGAGCAGAAAUGUGUGUGGCAGCACCUGGAUUUCUAAUUCUCAAGAAACAAUAUGAUCCUUGAGAGAGAGAUCUCUUCUUUUCUCAUGAAAAAAUAAAGCACUGGAACAGGUGACCCAGAGCGGUGGUGGCAUCUCCAUCCUUGAAGGUUUUUAAGACCUGGGUAGACAAAGCCUUGACUGGGAUGAUGCAGCUGGGGCUGGUCCUGCUUGGAGCAGUGGGUUGGACUAGACGUGACUCCUGAGGUCCCUUCAACCCUCAUCAUCUGUGAUCUUUGAACUAACUUUCAGUGGUUAAAACCUCUCAUUGGCUUGCUUUUAUAUGAGUUGCCUUGAGAUUUCACAGCGAUGCACACAUUAAACAGUGCUAUU